UUACAUCCUUGUCCUGCACGAACUUUUGACUCAACGAUUUUGCCCCACGUGUCAAAAAGUUUAGAGAUUGUUUAAUACGUUGCAAUCACUCAUUCGUCAACAUUCAUAAGAUGCUCAUUUUUUUCAGGGUUGUCACCUAUACCUCUAUUUUGUUAUGUUUUAUUAUUUUUAUGUAUUUCCUUCAUGCAGAGCAGCUUGAUUUUACACAAACUGUUUCGAUGAAAGGAUCUCCUGCUACUCGUAUCCUGUAAUCCUUGCUGCCGCGACCUCUGACCCCUGGGUGGCUUCUUGCGUAAGAAGGAAAGCACACGGGAACGCACCCUGGCCUCUUGCUAGCUUGCAUGCAGCUGCGUGUGCGCUCAAGGCAAGGAAAGACGGCGCUAACUAACCGAGGCAUUAGAGGACAGCGGCCUGCCAUGUGACCGUGCUUUCAGGGAUUGGCUCACUGCAGAUGUGACAUCACAGAGCUUCCUCCUCCCUCUCCUCCUCCUCUCCUUCCUCCUCCUCUCCCACUCUUCCUCUGCCUCUCUCUGCCCAUCUAGCUCUCUGUACCGCUCUCUCUUCCUCCUCAGCAUCCCACCGCCCCCCAGCCCCUCCUCACCCCUUCACAGAGAUGGCGUGUGUCGAUGCUGCUCAGGCGUCCGGGGCCUAGUGCACUCAGGGAGGACACCCCUCUCCCCUCCGUUCCUCUUGCUUCCCCCCGUAUUCGGAUUGUUUAUUCCCUCGGUCUGUCUUCUUGCUUGUGGUCCUCCAAGUGUGUCGCCGUUUGUCGUUGUGCCUCCUUGUGCGAGCCCGGCCCUCUCGAGGGUGGAAGAAAUCAACAUCGUGCUUCACAGCGGUGGAGGGAGGUGGGAUGAGCUGUGCACAAUUAGCCAUGCCCUGCCCAGGCUCCGUUUUGACCGCCUAGAUCUUUCUUCUUCUUCUUCUUCUGUCCACGUGUGCACCCCAGAGGGCGACGUAGGAUGAAAAUCUGCGACUAUGAUGCAAGGACUGAAAAAACGAACCAGGAAAGCCCUGGGCUUACAGAAGAAAGACAAGAACACAGAUGCAACGAGCUCACCUGACAAAGAGGGAAGCGAAAGCAGAAAGAAAGGAAAAAAAAAGGCCAAUGGAGCUCCAAACGGUUUCUACGGGGAAAUCGACUGGGACAGAUAUGCCUCACCUGACGUCGACGAGGAGGGUUUCAGCCUGCGGCCCGGCGAGGGAGAGGAUGCGGCUUCCAAAGAAAAGCACUUCUUCUCCUCCAGCGACUCGGACGACGACGAGGACAGCAAGAAAAAGUUCAAAAUCCGGAUCAAGCCGCUGGUGGCGGACAGCGCCCGGUGCGUCCCCCCAUCGAUGGACGAGCUGAAAGCCUCCGUGGGAGGUCUGGCACUCUCUCCUUCCCUGAGGAGAAGUCCGAGACGCAGUCCGGGGAUGAUAAAAAGAAACCUCUCAUGUGAAGAGAUUGCCCGACCCAGACGUUCGACCCCAACACCAAGUUAUGCAUCUGAGAUGCCAAGUGCCACUGCGCCACAGAACGUUCCUGCUUUGUUCAGGCUUCCUUCAGACAGCAGAUAUGCCAGAUAUGACGUAAUCCGUAGCGAUGCAUGGGGAGAACCCAGACCGUGUUCAGAAUCCCAGCUGAGCCGAAGUUUUCCAACAGGAGCUCCUCCACCGCUUCCUCCGAAAAACUUCCCCUCCAGAGGUCGGUACGGCUUUCCAUCAGAUCUGGCAGCUGAUCUGCCCAACGGCAGGGCGGCACGCAGCUCCGCCCCCAUCUAUCUGAACGUCCUGUCGCCGGCCUCAUACCGGGGGUCACCAGGCCCCGAUCUGGACGACGUGUUCGGCCCCGCCGACAGCCCCAGACCGAGGGAGGAUGCGCCGUCUCCCAGAUGGGUCACGUUCACGGACGAUCGACCUCCACCCCCCGACGAGCCGGCUCCCCCGCCACCACCGGACUCUCCUCCCCCGGACACGCCCACCUCCACGCCUUCCACGCCCGGCCUCUCACCUGGACCGCCCCCGAACGAGCCCCCUCCUUCUCCACCGUGCUUUUCCCCUGGCUCCUCCCCUCCUUUCACUCCGGUAGACUCGCCCCCCUCCAUCGUUCUUGGCCCUCCACCCCCUGAUGAACCAGCUCCCCCCUUACCUCCCGACUUCUCCCCUUCCGAGUCUCCUCCUGCUUUCCUCGAAGAGGAAGGAGUCGACGAGGAGGUUCUACAGUUCGCAGGAUACGCCUGCGCCCCUGCUCCCAUCAGCCCCGUCCCCCCUCUGCCGGCAGAGCGGAGGUCCCCGCGGGCGGCGGUCACGUCUCCUUUAGCCUACGGGACUCUGGGAGGAAAGAGGACUCCAGAGGGAGCGUACCAGAGAGAUGAAGUACCAGAAGUGACAGGCUCUCCCAGAGAGCUGACACCCAGCUUCAGGGGAACGCCGCCUCCUCUUCCUCCAUCUGCGUACCGGUCCAUCAUGUCUUCCCCUGGGCCCUACUCUGGCAGCAGCCCCUCGUCUCCAGCCCGCCCUGCCACGCCUCAGUCCCGGGGGAGUCCGGUGCCUCCUCCUCCUCCUCCCCGUCCGUCCUCGCGACCGAAGCUGCCCCCGGGGAAACCAAUCACAGACCUGAGUCGGCCUUUCAGCCCCCCAGUUUCAGGAAGCCCUCCGCCUUUUGCCCCCCUGGCCCGCGCCGAGAGCUCCUCCUCCCUGUCCUCCUUCACCUCGCACAGCGCGGCUUCCACUCCCACCUUAGGGCGGGACCUCAGCAUGCCCACCGCAGGCUGCUCUAGAGGCCCCAGCCCGCUCACCAUGGGGCCCCAGGACACCCUGCCGGUCGCUGGUGCUUUCACCGAAACCAUCAAUGCUUAUUUCAAAGGCGCUGACCCCAGCAAAUGUGCGGUGAAGAUCACUGGGGAGAUGGUCCUCUCCUUCCCUGCAGGUAUAACCCGGCACUUCGCUUGCCACCCGACUCAACCCGUCCUCACCUUCGUCAUCAGCAACUACAGCCGCCUGGAGCAAGUCCUGCCCAAUCCACAGCUGCUCUGCUGCGAUGGCGCUCCAGACGGUGUAGACAUCAAGGAGUUCUGGGUAAACAUGCCAAACCUGAUUACCCAUCUGAAGAAAGUGGCAGAACAGAAGCCUCAGGCGACAUACUACAACGUGGAUAUGAUCAAAUACCAAGUGUCAGCAGAGGGGAUCCGGUCCACUCCUCUGAACCUGGCCGUGAGCUGGCGGGGCGAUUCCAUCAACACUGACCUUCGGAUAGAUUACAAAUACAACGCGGAGGCCAUGGCCGCCCCGGUGCCGCUACACAACAUCCACUUUGUGGUUCCGGUGAACGGAGGCAUCGCCCGGCUGCACACCAUGAUCCCCCCCGCCACAUGGAAUCCAGAGCAGCAAACGAUUCAGUGGAAAAUCCAAAGCCUGUCUCAAAGAUCUGAAAAUGGAGGAGUAGGGGCUCUGCUGGGCCGGUUCCAGAUGGAGGAGGGUCCCUGUAAGCCAUCCCAGCUGGCCGUCCAGUUCACCAGCGAGGGCAGCACGCUGUCCGGCUGCGACAUCCAGCUCGUCGGGACCGGCUACAGGCUGUCUCUGGUCAAGAAGAGAUUCGCUGCAGGAAAGUAUUUAGCAGAUAAUUAGCGAAAGCUGUUGAUGAAGAGCACCGAGGAAAUGUGGCUUUUUUGACUGUGAAGACUAAGGAUCCAUCUCACGUUUAGUGCUCUUGACUAAUUCUCCUCAGCAAACCGUCGGCGUGAACGGUGGAGGUCUGCUGCAAGAACACAGUUUAUGCAAGCUAACACAAAUCAUCCUUUGUGCACCUCAAACGGAGUUAAAGACGAAGAGCCGCCAAGUCUUUGUUGUUUUUGUGUAAAAAAAAACAAACAAAAAAUAAUAAUAAUAAUUGUAACUCAUUCAGUGAUCCAGCCUUAUUUAUUUAGUUAUUUAUUCAUUAGUUGGUUGUUGCUGUAGAUGCACUGCGAGAGGUAACGGGAGUUGAUUGUAUAAAGUCUAGAACAAUCUGAAAGGUGGAAAACUGGAUCUGGUUGACACGGCCGUCUCCCAUCAGACAGUCAGAGUGAGAGUCCGUGUUUUCAUCCAAUCAGAUCCGUUCCCUCCGUUUUCAAGCCGCUAAUUAGCAUUUAGAGGGGACAUGAUGAGGAUAUGAAAUUUGCCGUGCCUUGCAAAAAUAUUCCUUUUGCUGUUUUUCGCGUUUUGCGUCGUUAAAACCCAAACUUCAAAUGGAUUUCGUUGGAAUUUGACCUAACAGACCAACACGAAGUAGAGCCUGAUUGCGAAUUGGACGCAAGUGGAUGGUUUUCAAUUGCUUAGCGAAUAAAAAUAUGAAAUAAAACCCACCUCGGUGAGUUAAGUCUCCAGAAAAUCUGGUUUUCGCUGCAAUUGCGUCUGCAAUCCAUCUACCAGCUCUGCACAUCUAAAGUCAGACAUUUUUGUUGGUUCCUCUUUGUAAAAUAAUCAAGUCACUCAGAUUCAAUUGAACAUUUUAAAACAGGGAUCUGCAACCUUUACAAUCCAAGAAGCAGCUAAAUAAAACUGGCUUAGAGCCGCUAACGUUACAAGAGACGACGUAUAUUUUUUUCAUGAAUAUCUACCAUUGGUAAUUUGAUAGCUUUUUUUUUUUUUUGAAGACUCGUCUUUUUAUUUCAAUGUUUGGUGUUUAAACUAAAGAGAAAAGAACAUAGAUAAAUUUUCCUCUGUGGAAAAUGGUGCAAAGAAAGUACAGUUUCCAACUUCAGUACAAGAAUAAAUGUAAAUUAUACUUUUGGGGUGAUUCUGUUUUGGGAAUUCAAUGUAAUUACGCCACAAAAAACAACUGCUGAGACCUGCAUUUGUUUAGCACAGCUAUAUUUAAAAACAUUAGCUGGUCCUUUGUCAUUUUUUGCCUGUGGCUGCCAAGUUUUACCGUAGUGACGAGCAUGUUGUGCUUAUGUUGAUCUGUCAUAUAAAAUCUCAAAACAUUUCAGUGAAGUUUGAUGGAAUGUGAAAAAAUAUAUUAAAACGUUUAUAUAAAUCAAAACACCAAUUAGUAAGAAUGUUUGGGGAUUUUUCUUUUCAUAAUUCUUGAAUUUGGUAAAAUAGCUUUUUAUUCCUUACUGCGUCGAACUUCCUGAAAGCAUCAGAUUUUUUAUCUCCUGGUGUUUUGAUUCAGAGGAAUAAAUUGGAAUUCUGUUCAGGAUUGGCACAGACUUAGAGCGCUAGCUACGUUUGUGGAUUACGGACCUCUGUUGGCACCCCUGGUAAAGAUGUGUAAAAAGUCUAAAAAUGAAUUAAUAUUGUACUUGGUUCCUCUGAUCUACAACUUCCUUUUUUUUGCAAAUAGGAUAGUACUUAGUCUUCCUUUAUAAUACAGAGAGGGAGAAAAACAUCUUUAUCUUUGUUAGCGCACCACUAGCCAAAAAGUUAGCAGCACUAGCUAAAAAGCUAGCGGUAGUCACCCUAAUCCUGAUGCAUUAAUCAUAAACAUUAGGUCCACUAAAGCUAAUGGUAAAUUCUCUAAGCUAAUGCUAAACGCUAAUUUCAGCCUUGUUCACACCCACAAUGUGUUAAUGACACAUGUUAUAUAUAUUUCUGUAUACCUCAUUCAUUUGGCUUUUUUUGUAGACUUGCCACUUGUUCAGUAUCAUUUCUUUAAAUAAUAAAAAAAGAACAUGAGGAGAGGACUUCAAAAUAAGAGCAUGAAUAUAAAUGUCUAACUACUUGAAGAAUUCAGUCGUUAACCGAAUAACUACAUUCUUUGUUCAGUUAAUGAACGAAGACUUAACUUGUUUAACACGUCAAACAAGUUAAGUUUUCACAGUUAGUAAAAAUGCUAAAGCAUUAAUGGAGAAGGAAACAUUAGCGUGUAAACGGAAGUGUGCCCACCACUGGUUUAUUUAAUUUUAAGUAGAACUCAUUAAAUACAGAGACAGUUAGCCAUUAACUAACUGUUUUAACAGUUAGUUAAUGGCUAGUUUUAUAAAAAA